AUGAAGUCGAAGCCCAGUCUGAGUGACGUUGAAUUCCAGCCAUCGAGCGGAGCUGGCAAUGCUCGCCCAACACGGCGACGACAGGAACAUUAUGGAAAUAUAUCGUCAAGCGCAUCGAUCGUUCAAGGAUCGUCCGAUGAACCACGACACUCCAGACCACGACGUUCCCUACGGCAUCAGCGCCAUGCCCUGGCCGGCGAGGCUGACAAGGCAUGGAGUCACAAGAGUGCCGAUAGUUCUUCCGAGUCACCACCCGCACACUCGCAAACUACGACAAUCUCAGCAGGGAAUGAAAACACCUCGAAUUUGCUACUCUGGGCAUUGGCGAAGAGCACGACCGCUGACAGCGUCGCCGUGGCCAUGAUCAAAGGCAGCCACAGCGCCAACGAACCCCAGAAUCAAGAAAAGACGACUCGCAGCAACUCAACCGUCCCCAAACCCCGAAUCAGCAUUUUCCACAGCCCCAGUGCGAACAAGUUGCAGCUAAAAGCCACUUUCCACAGCAUCUUCUACCCGAAACAACUACUCACCUCCUUCGUUCCCAUCCUCUUCCUCCUGCUCAACGUUCAACCAAGCUCCGAUGUUCAGCUUGCAGAGCAUGCAUUACAUCUGGCUCAACUUGGCACGACCUCGAAAGACGAAAGAGCGGUCCGUGAAGCACUGCGAGUCUACCAGGCCACGGUCAUUCAGCUUCGUCGACGACUCUCUCAGCCAAACGCCGUAUUGAACGACCAGGUCUUCGCCGUGGUCCACCUAUUACGGAUCUGCGAGACAUACUCAGCCAUCUCACACGAUGAAUCCGGACGGAGGCGACACCACGAAGGAAUCGGACAACUACUCGUUGCGAAAGGACCGAAACCUUUUAACCACGUCAAGUCUUUACCCUUACGCAUCAGCCUGGAAAUCUACCAGCAGUCGCAACUUUGGGAGUUGCUGGCUGCACGUCGAAAAGGCCACACGAGCACUCCGGAAUGGACCGACCUUACGCGUGACGACAAGUGCAAAUGGAGGCUACCGCAGUUGACGAGCUUUGUGUUGCAGUUGCCGGAGAUAUUGCAGAGGGCGGAUGAUUUGAUUACAGGGAAGGAGGAUGCUGCGGAAGGGGAUGUUCUGGAUUCUCUGAGCGAGAUUAAGGGCUUUGAGGGCGGCCUACGGCGGUGGAUGAGUCGGUGGUACGUCGAGAAUCCUGGAGUGCCGUACCGGAAGGUCAAGAUGGAGACAUGCCCAUGGAUGAAGCCCUUGACAGAUCGAAAAGCUCCGCCCGUCUUCGCGUCCGCGUACGAAUUCGCAGGCACAGCCACCGCAAAAGCCCAUCAAUUAUUCUGGAUGGCGCUGUUGGCUUCCUCAGAGGCGACCAAAGACCUCGCGGAUCUGCUGCCCGAUCCCUUGCCACCGCACAGCACAUACGAAGAGCAGGAAAGUCGGCUCUUGGACGAGAUCAACGAAUCCGCGGACAAUCUCUGCAUGACGGCCGUGUACAUGUCGCAACCCGACAACGGCGUCGACAGCUGGAUUGACGCCUGCCACUGUCUGCAGUUCGCCUCGCUUUGGUACGAGAAGAGUGGCUUGUCAGACAAGAGAGUCUGGUGCAAGAAUAUGAUCGAAGCUAUCGAGAGUCGCGGUAUUCGAGCCCCCGUCCUCAUAAGGCGCAGAAAGCUACCCAAGUGA